GCCCACGCCGAAUGGUACAACAACGGCACCAAUGACAUCACCAUCCACGAAUCCUGUAACGCUACCCAGGCCACGCAGAUCGGUAAAGCCUUAGACGACAUGAAGGCCCUUGCUUCCCACGCUAGGGAUCGGGUGUUGAGGUAUGGGAGUAACGACACUUUAUACCAGUUGUACUUUGGGAAUGGGGAUCCGGCUUCCGUUAUCGGAACCUUCUCUCGUCUUGUUGAGGGUGACAAAACCGACGUCCUCUUCCGCUGCGACAACCCUGACAACAACUGCCACCAAGAAGGCUGGGCCGGACACUGGCGUGGCUCCAACGCCACCUCCGAAACCGUCAUUUGCGAACUCUCCUACACCUCCCGUCGCCCCCUCGAACAAUUCUGCGGCUUCGGCUAUUCCGUCGCCAACUCCUCCGCAAACUUCUACUUUGGGUCUGACCUUCUCCACCGUCUCUUCCACAUUCCCAAGAUCUUUGAGGGAUGGGUGUCGCAUUUCGCUGAUCCCUGGGAGGACUGUGUUGACCUUGCCAAGGUCAAUGGAACUUACGCUGUUCGUAACCAGCAUUCGCUCCAGUUCUUUGCUGUGGAUGCUUGGGGUCGGGAUAUAGUUGAUGAGGAGAAUUGGGAGGGAUGUCCUGGAUAUGACACUACCACUGAGCCCGUCUCCAGCGCGGCUAGCAGUGCUACGGCUUCCGUGACUGCCAUCUUGGCUGCCACCACCACUGCUGCCGCCGCUGCU